AUGGCGUACCAAGACCAGCACCAGCAACCUUACACCAACGAUGAAUAUACCACUCCCCGCGCCGUCAUCUGCGACGAGCUCUGCUACGGCUGCUCCACAAAACGGUUCGCCGUUGCGAUUAGAGUGACUAUUUGUGUUUUGACUGUGGGCAUCUCUGAAGCCCUGCGCGGCAAGGAUGGCUGCCAUCAGCCUGCUCAGCCCCCGCCAAUGGAGAUGUCAGUUCCAGUACCCAACCCGACGGUUACGACGACACCAUCGACUCCCCUCCCAGGUGGACUCCAGCAGCAUCCACGUCGGAAACCAUCGCAUGGACAGCAAUUUCCGCCGCCUGACUCCUUGAAUUAUUCAUAUGGCCCACAGCAAUUGCAACCUCAGCAAACCCAGGGGUUUGCGGAAACCCCCCAACAGCUGUUACCCCAGUUCCCGCAGCCUCCCCAACCGGAGCAGCAAAUAUAUCCCGAGCCCCAUCAUCCCCAAGGGCUCGAGCAACUCCAGUACCACGAGGAACUUCAGCAGCAGCAGCAGCAGCAGCAGCAGCAGCAACAUCAUCAGAAUCAGCAUCACCCACCCCAAGGAAAUACUGAAUAUCAACAGCAGCAACCGGGACAAGUACCUAAUUUCUCCCACUCGCCGCCUCCUCAGGCAAACCAGCAGCUCCCAUGGCAGCAACAGCCACAACAACAGCCUCCCAUUCGAAUAAGCUCACCCACCUAUCAGCAAGUCGUUCCUCAAAAUGGCCCCUCAAACAUGGUUCCGAAUACAACUCAUUACAUGACCCCCGUCGCAGAUCCGAAUAUGGCCGUAAACACGGCGCAUCACAUGGCCCCGAAUAUGAACCCGAACGUAGUCCCUAAUGCUAUGACGCCGAGUAUGGCACUGAAUAUGACCGCCGAUAUUCACGCAGGUUAUGGUGCUGAUACUGGUGGCCGGAUGCUUGGGGUCCAGGAGUUGCAUCCACUGAGUGAAAUGUAG